AUCCAGCAGCUUUCCAGAGGAAAACCGCGGCGUUUAGAGACGCUCUCCCGAAGUUUCCCUCCUCACACGGUCACGGAUUACAGCUCGUACUCCAGAUAUGUAGCCAUCAGACUUCGGAAAUGCGUGUUUGACACAGAAGGACAGUUUUUUCCCCUCACAACUGCUAUUUACGCGCCUCCGAUUCCAAACUCCGGAUCCUUCGGCUCCAAACCGGACAUGUGCGAUUUGAUGCCAGCGGCUCAACCGGCCGAAAAAAUCGGGAAAAUGAAGAAAUUGAGAAGAACUUUGUCCGAGAGCUUCAGUCGCAUCGCCUUCAAGAAAGAAGACAGCGGCUUUGACGAGAUAUGUGUCACCAAGAUGUCCACUCGCAGCUGCCAGGGAUCAGACUCGGUCAUCAAGCCCCUGGACACUAUCCCUGAGGACCGGAAGGUGCGCGUGCAGCGGACGCAGAGCGGCUUCGACCCCUUCGAGAAACCGGCGGGGCAGGUCAAGCGCGUCCACUCGGAGAACAACGCCUGCAUUAACGCCAAGAGCUCGUCGUCCGGAAAAGAGUCGCCCAAACUCCGCCGUCACUCCAGCCCCAGCUCCCCCACGAGCCCGAAGUUCGGCAAAGCGGAUUCGUACGAGAAGCUGGAGAAGCUCGGAGAGGGAUCCUACGCCACCGUCUAUAAAGGGAAGAGCAAGGUGAACGGGAAGCUGGUGGCGUUGAAAGUGAUUCGUCUGCAGGAGGAAGAAGGAACGCCGUUCACAGCGAUUAGAGAAGCGUCUCUCCUCAAAGGCCUGAAACACUCGAACAUCGUGCUGCUCCACGACAUCAUUCACACCAAGGAGACCCUGACCCUGGUCUUUGAGUAUGUGCACACAGAUCUGUGUCAGUACAUGGACAAACAUCCCGGCGGUCUUCAUCCGGACAAUGUCAGGCUGUUCCUGUUCCAGUUACUGAGGGGUCUGUCUUACAUCCAUCAGCGCUACAUCCUCCACCGAGACCUGAAGCCCCAGAACCUGCUCAUCAGCGACACCGGAGAACUCAAACUGGCCGACUUCGGUCUGGCCCGUGCGAAGUCGGUCCCGAGUCACACGUACUCUAAUGAGGUGGUGACGCUCUGGUAUCGUCCUCCAGACGUUCUUCUGGGAUCCACAGACUACUCCACCUGCCUGGACAUGUGGGGCGUCGGAUGCAUCUUCGUGGAAAUGAUCCAGGGAGUGGCGGCGUUCCCGGGCAUGAAGGACAUUCAGGAUCAGCUGGAGAGGAUAUUUCUGGUAAGUGUCUCCCUUUGUCUCCGCUCGGCUUUCCUCUGCCUUUAAUGCCCCGGGUGCUGCUGGGUGAACAGAAGUUCUCCAUGAAUACAAAGAUACGGA